UUGUAUGCAGGACCACAGAGCCAUGUAUUGACUAAACACGUACAGUGCUUCUAUCAUCCGGAAAAUCAACAACUUAAAGUAUUGUGGGUCAUUUUCUUGCAUUAACUAAAAAAGUUAAAUGUGCAAAAAAAAUGGUUCUUCGGCUUUCUUAAGUUCUAUACAGCUCGACUGAAACCAACACGUUUCAAAACAAAACUCACGUGGACAGCUAUCCAAAUUGAUAGCUUGCGGUCUUAUAUCCCCGCCCAUAAAAUAGGCGUCACCGCCUUCAAUUACCUUCCCCAAUUCCCAAACCACGCCCGAAAAGUGUCUGGGACGCACAAUCUCCGCCCAGAUUGUGUCACUCUUGUAGCCGCCCACUUUGAUGUCACCGUGUUCUUAAAAAAAAGACAAAAACAAUCCGCAUUGCAAAAAAUCUCCUAUUUAAUUUGUAUUAAAACUGUAGAAGGGGCUCUCGCUCUAUUUUUUUUUUUUUUUUUUUUUAAAACAAACCCUUAGAUCGAGUAAACAAAGAUCUAAACAGAAAUGGUUUCCCCAGUCACCGUGGUGAAGUGCGAAGGCCCCAAGUUGGUACCUUUCUUCAAGGCCACGUGUGUCUAUUUCGUCCUCUGGCUGCCCACCUCCAGCCCCUCGUGGUUCAGCGCCCUCAUCAAGUGUCUGCCCAUCUUCUGCCUGUGGGUCUUUCUCCUGGCCCACGGGAUCGGCUUCCUGGGUGCCCACUCCAGUGCCCGCAAGAUCCUGGCCGGACUCAUCUUCUCUUCACUGGGAGACGCCUUCCUGAUCUGGCAGGAGCAAGGCUACUUCGUCCAUGGCCUGUUAAUGUUCGCUAUCAGCCACGUCCUGUACUCCUCUGCCUUCGGGAUGAAGCCUCUGGACCUGCGCGCCGGCCUGUCUAUCGGAGUGGUGUCGGGGCUGAGCUAUGCGCUUCUCUACUCCUAUUUGUCAGGGCCCUUCACCUACCUGGUGGCGGUCUACAUCGCGCUGAUCGGCUUCAUGGGCUGGCGGGCCCUGGCUGGUGUGCAGCUCUACGAUGACCUGUGGACCUGGACCAAGAUGUCAGCCUGCCUGGGGGCCAUGCUGUUCAUGGUGUCUGACCUCACCAUCGCCGUCAACAAGUUCUGCUUCCCUGUGCCACAUUCCCGGGCCAUCAUCAUGGCCACUUACUACGCAGCGCAGAUGCUCAUUGCCUUGUCCGCUGUGGAGCGCCAGGAUGAAGACGACCCCAAAAAGAUAGCCUGAAUCCACCAGCAAUGACCGUUUUGGCAUCAGGGAACAGGCUAGUCGCCCAAUCUAUGGAUGUACAGAUAUAGCACUAUGACAAAUACUACUGCUAUUAUUAUUAGUUACCUGAAUUGCUCGGCUUCUUAUUGUGAGCGAUAAGGACCAUUUGUUAUUUUAUGUCCUUAAAAAAAGGGCCAGCAUUCAAUUCAUAGACCAUUAAAUGUUUUUCAGGUGCUUUGAGUGAAUUGGGUGCUGCAGACCCUUCUAUGCCCCGCUAAUUUGAAAAAGGCUAAGGGAGUAGAUUUUCGCUGUUUUCAUGCUCCCCUGAAUUGAAAGACCCUUUCCCAAUAAAGAAAUGCCCCUCUAUCAAAGAGCUGUAGGGCUGUAGAACUUGCCCUUUGUUACAUUUUGCACCAGAUUGGUGUGUAUGAUUACCAGAUUGUAUUGCCAAACACCAGGCACUUUUAAAAUACUCCCAUAAUAACAUUAGAAUUGUAAUUACUUAACAUUAUGCUGGACAACUGAAGCAGCACAAAGGCUCUGUACCAGCAGACAGAGUCAGUGUUCGGGGGAAAGACUACGCCCAGUGGCGCCACUCCAGUAUUUCCUGCGUACAUGACAAGCCGUGUCAAUUAUUUAAAAAUAUGAAAUAUGUAUAGGGCUUUGUAAUUCAUUUCCCUAAAAAAUACAGAAAAGGAAAAUUGUACAAGUAAAGAACUAUCGAAAAUCAGAUAACUCCCAGCAUGAAAUUGGUAUUAGACAAAGCCAAGCUAUUUUAGUAAAAGGGUAACUGAUAAUUGGCACUGCUUUCCCAGUUCUGUCUUUUGGAAACCUGCCUUGUUUUUAUCGCACAAAAGGUACCCUUUUUAUACCAGACAAGACUGUGUUUUAUUUCGUUGAUUUUUUUUUUUUUUUGGAUGGGGGGAGGGGGAGUGAAUCUUGUUGAGUAAAAUGUGAUCGAUUCAUCGUUGACUAAACACCAAUAUUUUGUUUUUUGGCUAAUCCGGCACAGGACCUUCAGCAGAAGUGAUAGAGAUACAAACUGCCUCUGUCAGUUUGCCCUCUGUAGACUGACAGGGUAGUCCCAUCCCCUUUCCCUGUUAGUUUAUGAUACUGGCAGUUACUGUUACUGGGGGCUCGAAGCAUGACCUACAUGACCGCUGAACUCAUAAUACAGAUUGGAAGUGGUGGAUGGCCUAACUCGUUACCCCAGUGUCCUGAGCUGGAAGCAGACCUAUUCAGGAGACCAUCAGUCUGCUGCGAUCCUCUUGAUCCUGAUACACCAACACUGCUUGGGGGAGUGUUGACACUGAGCCCCUGUACGUAUCGGAUUUAGGAAAUCCAGUGGCAGUGCAGUUCGAUUAGCAUAGGGGUUUACUAUGCUGGCCUGGCCUGUGUACUUUUAUAAUGAUUACUUUUAACAAUUAUUCAAGUCAUUAAGCUGGACAGGGUUUCCAACCUUCAGCAAAUUUACUCACCUCUGAAAUGAGCUUUGGAGAGUUUUUUGUCAACAUACAAAUACACAAACAGAGGAACUACCAAAAUGCAUAAGAAGAAAGUUUUGGCUCCAUAAAUGUAUUGACAGAACAGCAGUACUCCCCCAUGCUGGUUGGGUGACAGAGAAUUCAAGUGCUUGCAUUUUCAUAUGCAAGGACAGUAAUUGCUUCACAUUUGUCUUUUGCUUUACUUCCCCAAACAUUAAAAUAGUUCCGUAGUGGUUGGAAACCCUGACCCAAGCAUUUGGGACUGAAGUGUUUGUGUGACAGCAUGUUUUUCAAGUGCAAUUGCAAGUUUUGAGGCCUACUCUCCAGAGGCUCUAGUGUUAAGGAGGUAGACCUCUAUUAUUGUAGGAAAGCACAUAAAACACUGUCUAAUAGCAACACCCUUGCAGGGAGGGGAUAGACUCCCCCAGAAAUACAGUGGCCAACUUUAAAGAGUACAAUGGCAGAGGUAUAAAACUGGUGCCAUUAUGGCUUCAAAUAUUCAACAUGGUGGUGCAACCUCUACAGCAACUCGAGUCGACAUGGCAGACAUAGGGAUGCAGUUUUAUCAUCUUCUUUAUCAGCACAUACUGCCCUGACCCCAUUCUGUUUCAUUGUAGUAACGAUUCUGUGCAAACAAAGGAACUUCCUAUUCAAAGGGUGCACCUUAGUAUUGUACUGAGUACGUUUUGGUACUGUAAUUGUGUAUUCUGUUGCCAUGACAAAAUGGGGGUGCCUUGUCUUCUGACUGCCUUGUUUUCUUUCAUCAAUUGGCAUUCAGGAUUUAAGCACAGAGAAUACAAGACUAAAGCUGCAUUGGUGUUGAAGUAUUAAGUGGAGAAUGGGAACAUAAAAAGCUCUUUUGAAAAUAACUACUAAUAUUACUAAUUCAUGAUUGUUUGGUACAAAAUGGCUCUUCUUGAGCCUUCUGUUUCAAAAUACAAAGUUUUCUGACUUUAUUACCAGUGUGUAUUCCCACCAAUUGAAGGACAACCUAAUUUAAUAAGAUUAUAAUUUGAAAACAAUUGCCUCACUAUGGUAUAUCCCAAAGCAACAGUGAACAUUUUUCCCAGUACUGUAAAACAGUAAUUAGAUACAAUGGCCAGUGCCUAACAUAUUCUAAUACAUUUAAAUAUAUAUAUAUAAAAAGGUUUAAACCAUUAUUCUCAAAUGCUGUACACCUGUCACGGUAACUCUGUUCAGCCAUGGUUCAUUUUCAAAAGGGACAACUCCACAAUGCCUUGGAAUGGGUCAUCACAGAAUGAUGUCCUUUAGCCAAAACAUUAACAUUUCAAAGCUACUAGGGAUGAGGAGUUGUUGGUUGGUGUCAUUAAAUCCAAUAGGAUUCUAGAUCCAUUGAAUCAAAGAAAUGGGACCCAGUCAUAGCUCCAGUGGUUCAGAUAGACCAGUAGACUAGUAGAUAGGGUUCAGACUACAAAGUGAAGUCCAAGUCAUUCGAAUUAUUCCCAAGAGUCUCUGUGUUGCAUGUAUGUAUUAUGGCCUUGCUGCUCUCCAUAGUAGAUGAUAAGGUAUUCAUUUGAGGGAAGCUCCAUGGUAGAACAGAAUCCUGGGUAGUGUUUCCCUAGGACAUCUGUCUAUUGGGACUGUACUGUAUUUAAGCUGCCCAAACAACUUCACCAACCAAAAAUAUUAAUAGUGCAGGACAGUAUAGAGCAACCCAGCCCUAAAUAUGUUAGCCCUGUAAUGCCUGAGUAUUUUUGUAUGAGGAAAAACUAUUUUAUUUAUUGACAAUGCUUUCAAACAUGGAGUCAGUCCAUUUCAGGGUUUGCUGUAUUGUUACCUUCACUAGACAGACAUGCUGUGUAAAGCUCAUAGUAAAACCUGUACUGACUCUAAUGUGAAAUCAGAAGCUAACAAACUGACAGUGAUGUCAUACACAGCAGUGUAGUGUUACAUCAAGCAGUUCGGGUGUGUAGACUUCACAAGCUUCCCAGUCACCUUCCCACCUGCUGGAUUUUCCCUUGUAGAAAAAAUCCAUUGUUUUACUGAGGAAAUGAUACCAGACCACAGCAUUACUAGUAAAAGAUUACAUUCAGUGCUGUACAUACACACAGGGAGAAAAUAUUCUUAUCUUGUGCCUCAGUAAAAGCUUGUUGCUCUUCAUUAUUGUAAUGUAUAGAUGUUAUCCGUGUUUCCAUUUCAACUUGAUGAUUUGGCUGUGAG